AUGGACGGUCUCAAACGACCUCACCGAGUGGAUCAGCCAAAUGUAAAGAAUGAUAAACGUCAGAAAUUAGAUCUACCGGAUACCCCGUAAGUAAUAUUAUCACAGCUAAUGAUGGAGUUUAGUAUAUACAUCCGAGUAUCCGAUGUUGUUCAAGGGAGUCAAUGUCUCCAUGUCUCAGGGAAAAGAGUUGACGAUCUUAGUGAAAUCAAGGUUAUUCUGAAUGAUAUGUGGUCUUAUUCAGUCGUUAAGCCUGGGCAUUUGAUUGCUGUAAUGGAUGUCUCUAACCCGUUUACUAAUGUAAGAAGUUUAAUGUUAAUUUUUAUCCACCAGGUGCUUGAGGUUGAUAUGAACGAAGGAAAGCUUGUCGUGGAGCCGUUAUUCUUAAUCUCACCCACGGUCUUGACAUCCGUGAUGUUUUGUGAACGGAAGGCAAUGCUUAACGAAAGAUUCAAGGCGGCAGGGACCAACAGACAUAUGCUUUUGGGAUGUGCUGUCCAUGAAGUCUUCCAGGUGAUGCUUUUCUUAUCGCUUCUGAGUUCUUAUUUUAGACCGCCCUUGAAAAAGAUCUUGUGCGACCAUCAAAAGAAGAUCUACAAGCUAUUGCAGAAAAGAUUGUCCUAAGUAAGUACAGCGUGGACCUUGUUCUUCUGAAUGAAAAGCUGGAUUCCUUCAUGUCGGACUUGACCCCAUACAUUGAGAAUUGCUCCACAUGGCUAAAGAUGCAUGCUCCCAAACCAAUAGGAUUCUCGAAGCCAUUGGAUAAACAAUUGCAUCGGAUCUCUAAAAUUUCCGGGAUCGAGCAUUUCAUCUCGGAUAAGACAUUGGGGUUGAAGGGGAAGAUCGAUGUUUCGUUUUUGGUACGAUUUUUUUAUAUUGCAUUUACUCCUUCCAGGCGUUUAACAAGUCCCUCACAUUUCCGUUGGAACUCAAAACAGGAAAGUCUGCCAAAAGUUUGGAGCACCAAACCCAAGUAUUUUUAUAUUCUCUGAUGUUAAAGUACACUUCAAAUGAGAAGCAAAUUGCUCCAGGGUGGAUUUUGUAUUUGAAGGACCUGCAGAUGUUCAAGGUGGAGCCCGGAGAAAAAGACUUAAUUGGAGUUAUGCACAUGCGGAACUCACUGGCGAGUAAAUUGACUGAUCUCAGCAUAGAUUCUUUUCCUCGUAAGUGACAUAUUCAGGCAUGGGUAUUUACACGUCAAUCCAGCAUACUUGAAGCUUUUUCCUGACCACAAUGCGGCAUUUCAUAUCUUUCAAAAAUCAAGUUUAGCCUUAUCAAGCCAUUAAAAAAAAUCAAGUUGGAACACCUUGUUUGCUAUUUGCUCGUUACUAAGUGCUCGAAGAACCCGGAUUAGAAGAAAUGCUUUUUAAGAUUAAAAAUCGGGCACUUUAGGUCAAAGUUACAGCUCGUUGAGUAGUUACUACAAGUUUUGAAAGUGCGAUUUUGAGUUGAAGAGCAAAAUUUUCGUUCAUAACUUUUGAUUGACUGCACAUAUCACGACAUUUUUCCACCAAAUUUGAGGUCUCUAUGAAAAAAAAUUUUUGGGUCAUAAAUUUUAAAAUUUUCAGUGUUGUUUUUAGAACGUUUCCUGUGGGCUUUUAAACCAUAUUUCGUGUAAUCUACACCAAAAAAUUAUGGGUUCAUAAAUUAGCUGGCAAAACUCGAUUUUUUUUUCUUGUGCAACUCUGCUUGAUGUGGAGUGGUUUUGUCUAAUGGUCUAGCCACUGAAGCUAUUUUACAUCUUCGUGUCUAACAAAUAUCGAUGUAAAAUUUUUGGAAAGACAAAAAACUAAAUUUUUACAAACAAAAAAGAAUACCGCUUGCAAACGUCUUGGCACAUCGUGACCUUAGGUAUUUUAAUUAUUACAUAAGGUCCCACUACACAUUUAUCAUCAAAAUCAUUGUCUAGUGGGACAUUGCAGUUCGUUAAACAUGCUGAAUCCGUGAUGAAAUCCAUGGUUUUCAGGAAAAAAACUAGGUAUUCGCGACCUAGGUCGUGAGCUUGUUGAUGACGACUUCACCUAAAGAAGGUGUAAUUACCAUCCUAGUUUAGUAUUUUGGGGUCAACACCUUGACUUUUUGGCGGAUCUUUUUUUUAUUCUGCUAUAUUGGUUAUUAAAUAUUGGGCCGAUCCCGCUCUGCCACAAAUGAAAAGCACCAAAGUUUGCGGAUUUUUUCCUUUGGCUUUGCGUAGAUUGACCGUUCCCAGUACAGUUGAUGUCUUUCUUUUUUAUCCUUUGUGUACUUGCCAUUGUAAAUCGGGAUGUUUGUGGUCCUAUAAUUAAUUUAGCUAUCACCAAGGAUCCAAAGUUCUGUGAAGGAUGUGAACAGAAACUGAACUGCUCUCUGAUGAAUAAAUUCGGUGAUGGCACUUGCAAAGCCAAGGAUUCCAUCGCUUUUAUGGAAAGUCUGAUCGAACAUCUCGAGUACAAGGAACUCAUGUAUUGCACUAAAUGGAUACGAUGGCAUUUCAUGGAAUUGGGAGAACAGAAAAAAAGAAACGAGGAGAAUUAUUUGAAGGACAGAACCAACUCUCUUGAUGGAUACACAGUGUUUUCUCUGGCUUUCGAGAACACUUUUGCAUUAAUGCAGAAUACACCGGAAAUGUAAGUCUCAGUAAGUCAUCAUGUUACUACUCUUUUUUAGGGCAAAGUUGCGUGAUAUUGUGAUUGGAUUUCGUAAGCCCCGAUUCGUCCCAUUGAAUCAUGUUCCUCUGACCAAAAUAAAAGGUUUUAUAAACGAAUUGGACGAGGAUCAGCGAGAUGCUGUUGUAAAAUGCCUCCGAGCCGAAGAUUUUGCGCUUGUCCAAGGCUUUCCUGGAGCUGGUGAGUUUUUACUUUAUUAAUGAUUAUGUUUAUAUUCAGGUAAAACAACUACCAUGUGUGCCUUCCUGAGAUCAAUAUUAUCCUUGAGGAAAACGGCGAUUGUGUCUGCUCACACCAACUCAGCCGUUGAUAACAUUUUACUAAAAUUGGCAAAUGACGUUUCCCCAGAUUCCAUUUUGAGAAUUGGAAGUCAGAAAUCUAUUCAUCCGGGAUGUGAAAAAUUUGUCUUGGAAUAUCGUUUGAAUGCAAUUGCAGAUGAUGGAAGUAUUGACAACAAGGAAAAGAUGGUCAAAAUAAAGAAGCUUCUAAUGGAGACAGUAAGUAUAUACUCAAUUAUAGGAGUGCUUUUAGCCAAUAAUCUUCACCACGUGCUUGAUGGCGUCCAGUCAUGCCUUGUUUUCCUCCCGUCGAUUCGAUUAUUGUGUUCUGGAUGAGGCGUCUCAAGUGGUCGAGAAUAUUGCAUUGAAGCCUUUGAGUUGUGCAGAUGUCUUCAUAAUGGUCGGGGAUAUCAAUCAGUUGUGUCCUCUGGUGGUUAACGAACGAGCUGGGUAAUCUAAUCAUUUUUUUAUUUAAUUUUUUUUUAGAUAUGAAGGAAUGGAAUUGUCGUUGAUGGAACGACUAUUAAGAUACCAUGAUUAUGUUGGGGAACAUACGGCCACGCUUUCCAAGCAAUACAGGAUGAAUAAGAUGAUCUGUUCAUUAUCCAGCAAUAUGUUUUAUGAAGGAAAAUUGGUAUGCGCGAACAAGACGGUGUCCGAGAAAGUGUUAGAGGUCCUUUCUACUGAAAACAAUGAAAAUAUUAAUCCAGGUAGGUGGGUCAAAAUAUACUUAGGGCGUUUAGAAGUCGUGAUGGGUUUGGUGUCCCCGAAAUUGGAGGAUUCCGUGCUGUUUAUCGACACUUACUCUCAAAGUUAUGGUUCCGAGUUUGCGGCCAAUGCGGCCGUUGGAUCGAGGUCUCGUUUUAAUCCCGGAGAAGCUUCUUACGUCAUCAGAAUAUGCAGUUUCCUAAUGGAGGUAUGUGCACAGACCUGAGCUUAUCUUUUAGUUUUUUUAGUCUGGACUACCAAGUGACGAAAUUGGAAUUGCUUCUCCAUACAAAGGUCAAAUCGAAUAUCUGCUAAAGAAGUUAUCUCAGAGAUUCCCAGAGAAUGCUCCCGAAUGCAGUACAAUUGACAGAUACCAAGGAAGGGAUAAGUCUGUCAUGAUAUUAUCCUUGGUUGAUGGGGGUCCAGAAGGGUCAAGUCAAAGUCCAGACCUGUUGUCGGACCGCAAAAGAUUGAAUGUGGCCCUCACUCGGGCCAAGAAGAAGUUAAUUUUGGUUGGAUGUAAGGAAACUCUCAGCAAAUCUUGCUUGAUUGAACAUCUGCUCAACAAGAUCUCUCUAACUAUCAGAGCUUUUUGA